UCUCGUGCUCACGCUUUCGUAUAGGCAUACGUAUAUAGACAUCGACUGCACGUCGCAAGCAGCUGGAGCUGGCGACGUCUGCGGAGGCAUGGCAGCGAGCGCUAGAGCCCUUGUCGCCGCGGCUUCGGCCGUGCUCGCGGUCGCUGUAUUGCUCGCCUCGCCGCCGGUGCUGCUGCCGGCCGCCGCCGCGGAGGAGGGGUGCACGCGGCGGCCGGUGGUGUUCGCGUUCGGCGACUCCAACACGGACACGGGCGGCGCCGCGGCGGCGCUCGGGAGCUAUUUCCCGCUCCCGGAGGGCCGCGCCCAUUUCCGCCGCUCCACCGGACGGCUCUGCGACGGCCGCCUCGUCAUCGACUACCUCUGUGAGAGCCUGAACAUGAGCUACCUGAGCCCGUACAUGGAGGCGCUGGGCUCCGACUUCAGCAACGGCGCCAACUUCGCCAUCGCCGGCUCGGGCACCAUGCCGCGUGACAGGCCCUUUGCUCUCCACGUCCAGGUGCAGCAGUUCAUCCACUUCAAGCAGCGCUCCCUCCAGCUCAUCAGCCAUGGCGAGACGGCUCCGGUGGACGCCGACGGUUUCCGGAACGCGCUGUACCUCGUCGACAUAGGGCAGAACGACCUCUCCGGAGCCUUUUCUAGCAGGCUGGCCUACGACGACGUUAUCCAUCAGAGGAUCCCGGCCAUACUAUCUGAGAUACAGGAUGCCAUUGUGACUCUGUACUACAAUGGAGCCAAGAACUUCUGGGUCCAUGGCACCGGCCCGCUGGGCUGCCUGCCCGAGAAGCUCGCCGAGCCCAGGGGCGACGACGAAGGGGGCGAUCUAGACGACGGCGGCUGCCUCAGAACGCUCAACAACGCUUCCUACGAGUUCAACGACCAGCUCUGCACCGUCUGCAACAAGCUCACGUCGCAGCUCAAAGGCGCCACCAUCGUGUACACCGACGUCCUGUCCAUCAAGCACGACCUCAUCGCCAACCACAGCGGCUACGGGUUUGAGGAGCCUCUCAUGGCGUGCUGCGGCUACGGCGGGCCGCCUUACAACUACAACGCCAGCGUGAGCUGCCUCGGCGCCGGCUACCGGGUGUGCGAGGACGGCUCCAAGUUCGUCAGCUGGGACGGAGUGCACUACACCAACGCCGCGAACGCCGUCGUCGCGGCAAAGAUUCUCUCGGCGGAGUUCUCGACUCCCAGUGUGCCCUUCGGCUACUUCUGCAAGACAUGACGGAUGCUACGUGCCAUUAGAUCGAAUCAGACAUAUACGAGCCGCCGAUUUGGUCUGAUUUGAGUUUGAAGGACUCCGAGCGUUGUAAUAGUUGAGACGCAUAGCCUAGGGCAAUUGGCAAUGAAUGAUGAAUCGACCUAGCUAGCAUUAAGAACGUAUACAUGGACGUUGAAUUGCGCUUCCAAAAAAUGUUACUGCUACUUUCACAUUUUCACAGGUAUUAAUAAGUGACAUUAUAGGCCCUAGCAUGGUCUCUUUUUA